AAUCCAUAAAAUAUCCUAAAUCAGAGCAGAAGGUGAAAAUGAACAAAAUUAAAUGAGUUUAUGUUUAAAACAAGAACAAAUAUCUCAAUGGGGUAUGAAUACUUUCCCUUUUGAAUUAAGUUAAUUUAAAUCAUAAAUACUUCAUUUUGAUCCAUUUCUCAGAAAACAAGAUUUCCAUUUUUUGUCAUUUUGCUUCUAAAGUAAAUGUAUCUUGGUUUAAAAACCUUUAGAUAUUUGUACUGGAAAAUAGACAAAAAUACUGAUAAAGAACAUUACUUUUUUUUUGUAGCGUGAUCAGAAGGUACAGUAAAACUUAUUUCUAGUGGUUGGGAGCAAAUGCAUUCGUGUCAUACGCUUAAAUAAUUCACAUUUAGAGACCAUAACGAUGUUUUGUGUUCCAUUCUAUUUAUUCCUUAUAUUUUGUUUACUUGGUCUUAAAAAAGCUUAAAUUUAUCUUUAAAAAACCUAAUUUUUGCUUUCAAGCUAUUAUUAACAGUGUAAUCCAAAAUAUGCACCAUGGGAGGGGCUCUUCCAUGGCAAAUUCCUUCCUGAUCUUGGGAGAAACUCCUUAAAAAAGUGAUUGGUUGCAUAUGGUGUGUAUGUCGUCGUUUGAUUGGCUGAACAGGUGCACUAUUGCACCUAGUAUCAUAUGACUGCACCUGCACUCGCCCUACCUGUUUGACCUGACUGGAGCGCACCAAAAGUCACGCCCACCUUCCCCAGCAUACAGGAGGACCUUUCAUUCUCAGAUUUCCUUGGAAUUGGUUGGGAUUCUGACUCAUGCAGCACUAAUCUAAAUUAGUGAAGGAAGAUCUGCUUACAGGAGUGACAGAAUGGGGUCUGAUGAGGCCUACAACUUUGUUUUCAAAGUGGUUCUUAUUGGAGAAUCUGGCGUUGGUAAGAGCAACUUGCUGUCACGGUUCACCAAGAAUGAGUUUAAUCAUGACAGCCGGACCACAAUCGGAGUGGAGUUCAGCACGAGAACUGUCCAGCUAAACGGCCUCACCAUCAAAGCUCAGAUCUGGGACACUGCUGGACUGGAGCGGUACCGGGCCAUCACUUCUGCAUAUUAUCGAGGAGCCGUUGGAGCUCUUCUAGUCUAUGACAUUUCAAAGCACUUGACGUAUGAAAGUGCCGAGCGCUGGCUGAAGGAGCUGUAUGAUCACGCAGAUCCGCAUAUGGUAGUGAUGCUUGUGGGCAACAAAACGGACCUGGCAGCAGUACGAUCAGUUCCAACAGAGGACGCAAAGGACUUUGCAGAAAAGAAUGGUCUUCUGUUCAUGGAAACCUCUGCUUUGGAAUCAGUAAACGUUGAGGCAGCGUUCAACACUGUGCUUACAGAAAUCCAUAAAAAGGUGAGCAGCAAAGAAGUGACCCGAGGCUCUAUCAAUGCUGUGACAUUAUCCCAGCCUAAAGCUGCAGCAGAUGACGCACAGGAGGAAAAAAAGGCCUGCUGUAAGAAUCUGUGAAAGAACAUUCCGUGUAGAAGGACUUCACCGGGGCCUAAAAGAGUUGUGAAUUCAGCUUGUACAGUAGAGCUAUCAUUACGAAAGAACAAGUAUGAU